UUACAACCGACGGCUCGCGGCGCGGCGCGCAUAAAAGCGCGGAGCUGGGCGGAGCAUGCCCCCCCCGUGUGGCCGCCUCCUCCUCCGCCGCCUCCCCCUCUCCACGAGCCCGGGCGCGCGCGCGGGUCGGCGGUGAUGGCGUCCAGCGACGGGCGCGUGGAGCGGAUCGCGUCGAGCAUCCGCGUCAUCCCCGACUUCCCCAAGCCAGGGAUUAUGUUUCAUGAUAUCACGACGUUGCUCCUUGAUCCAAAGGCAUUUAGUGACACGAUUGACCUCUUUGUUGAGAGGUACAAGGACAAGGGGAUCACUGUAGUUGCUGGCGUUGAAGCUAGAGGAUUUAUUUUUGGUCCUCCAAUUGCAUUGGCAAUAGGUGCAAAGUUUGUACCACUGAGAAAACCGAAAAAGUUACCUGGUGAGGUGAUCUCUGAAGAGUAUGCUUUAGAAUAUGGCACCGACAAAAUAGAAAUGCAUGUAGGAGCCGUGGAGCCCAAUGAUAGGGCGCUCAUCGUUGAUGAUCUUAUUGCCACUGGUGGAACCCUGCUUGCAGCUGUCAAGCUUCUUGUUCCCAUUCUGGCUUUAUACGUCUCAAGGAGGAUGGCAGCUUUUUCAUGAUGGGGAUAUGAUCAGACAGUGGCUUUGCCAUUUGGAGCAGCUAGGUGCCUGGAUAGUCGCUGAUCCAGUUUGCAUAUGUGAAACACCAAUCAAUCUGCUCUAGAAGGGGGUCUUCUUUCAUGUUACUCUAGGUGUAUUUUCUUCCUUUGAGAGGAAUUUGCAAGAGACUCAGAUUACUAAUAAUGCCAUUGAAGAUAAAGACAUCAUUCAUAUUGUCACCCUUCCUGUUCCUAUCAGUUAAAGAUCUAUAGAAAUUAAAAUCUCCAAUGAGCAUCCAGUUUUCCUCCUCCUCAAUUUGAAGAUUGUUAAGCCAACUUACAAAUUCAUCUCUUUCUGGGCCCUUACAGGGACCAUAAAUAGUGGAUAGCUUCCAAGAGUUAUCAUUGUGAACUGAAGUAAAUUUUACCGUCACUGCAAAUCUGUUAAUGUGCACUGUUUCUCCCGUGAAAAAGGAGCUAUUCCAGCCCAUCAGAAUUCCGCUUGAACUGCCAACUGAUGGCAAGUAAGCAAACUUAUUGAAUUUCUUAGGAGCCAGCUUUUUGAUAAAGGGGUGAUCAAAAUGUUCCCUUUUUGUUUCCUGAAUGCAGAAAAUUGCACAGGCACUUUCAUCAAUCUUUGCUCUGAUUGCAUUACAUUUAUCCUCAGAAUUGAGCCCUCGUAUGUUCCAGUUUAGUAUGUUCCAACUGCGCUUGUUUGAAUUAUCCAUAUAUACCGUGUUUUGUUCUGAAGAUGUCUGUAUAACCCAAGGUUAUCAGAAUAAAAACAUCCAGGGGAGGAGGCAAACAAGCGACAAUAGUUAACCAUAGCAAAAGAGGUUCUGUAACCAAACAUGGUGCACCAAUGGUGCACCAAGAACCAUAGUAGCUAGACUUAGGAUAGAAGUGCAUAGCAUCAUCCAUAUUACACGUAUUUAAAACAGGGCAAACCCUGUUGAUGAUAGCAAAAUAAAAGAGUCUAUCCAUCUGUUGGAUCAAUGAGCUCCACCGUGCUGUCUCCAUCAGCCCUUCCCUCCUCUUCCUUCCUGGCCAGGAGCAGGUCAGCAGUGACCUCCGAAGGAGAUAGCUGACAUCAUCCCUCUGCAAUCUUCUGGAUUUCCACCACCAGAAUUUCAGGAUAGACAGCCAGAUUUAUCAAAUUCAUCUAGAGUGGAAAGACCUGGACACUCAACAGCUUGAUUAAAGUUUGUAAUGAGAAUUUUACUAGCAAGCUGUUUAGGAUCAGCGAUUCUCUUCCUGCAAGAUCUGCUCCUGGUUCAGGCUCUAGAAAACUGAACCAUUUGCCCUGUAGUUCAAUUCUGGAUUCUUGUGCUUCUUCUGAGCCCAUCUUCAGUGAGGGGAGGACACUUUCUCUUCCUAGGUUCUCUCUUGGUAUACUUAGCUUUGUCUUGGGUAACAAAAACUUCAGGGAAUUCAAGAAAUAUGUGACCUCAUUCUGUGUUGACUUCUGAUGUUUGCCCUGAAACCUUCUUAUUCAGCAGCCUCUUUCUGUAAUAGAUCCUGGUAAAUGCUGGUUUAGUGAUAUGUGUGGUUAUGCAUCUGGCUUUCUGUUCAGGCCCACUUGCUUCUAUGGUCUUCAUUGGGGUUGUCCCCUUCUGAGAUAUCUGAGCCUGUUCACCUAUUCUGCUCAUUUCAACUCCAAUGAUCUUGACUCUGUCUAGAUGUAUCUGAAUGAGAGGAGGAAUUGGAAGAGUGAUCAUGCUUUUCCCUAGACCUUGAGGCUGCUGAGCAUAGCUCUCAACAAAUCUCUUCAGGUUGUCAGCAAGGAAUUGCACAUAAUCAUUCUGCUCAUACAGGUUUUUAUUCUGCAGUGCUUUAGAGGAUACAGGCUCUUGAUUCCCUUGGAUAUGCAAUGGUUGCUGACAGCUCUGAUCAAGUACCAGCUGUUGUGUGCUUCUGAUUUUAGUUUCUCUUGAAGUUCCCUUGCCUUGAAUGAAAAAACAUGGCACUUCAGUGAAGGCUGGCUGGUUGACAGAACUGGCAUUGGAGAUCUGGUCCUGCUACAUGCCCUGUGCUUGAUUUAGCUGACAAAUCUGUUCCAUAUGCUGAUCAGCCAAGAGUGCCACUGUUUCUGGUUCCCCUAGGAGAACAGGGCCCUCAAAAGGGUGAGGAUUCCAUUGUUGGCUGGAGGUGGGUCCUCAUCAGCAGGCAUAACAUCAACAUGGUCCCCCGAUAGAGAGACUGAUGAGGGACCAGCACGAGGGGAAGGAGAAGCGUUUCUCGCUCUCCUAUUAGCGGAACCUGCUCUGCUAACAGAGUACCCUUGAUCAUACGUGGGCCUGGGACCCAACAAUGCCUUCUACUAGAAAGCCUCUUAAAGCAGUGAUUGGCCUUAUGGCCGUAAUUAAAGCAAACAAGCAACGAUCUCAAAGGAACAAUAUUUGAUAAAGUGACCUUCUCUGAGACAUUUAACUCAGGACAUUAAACCCGAAUAAGGAGAUGGGUUAGGAAAAGAACCAGCCUGGACGUGCUGUGUAGGUGGAGGAGCCAUCGCCACUCUUG